GGGGCGCACUCCGCAACUUCUGCCGCUGCCGCUGCCGCUGCCGCCCGGGCGCUCUCGGCCCAGCCGAGCGGCUGCUGCGAGCUGUGGAGCUGCCGGCGGAGCCCAGCCCGAGCUCCCUCGACUCCGCGUGUCCCGGGCGUCCGUCGGGGGCCGAGGUGCCUCCCGCAGGGAGUCCCCGUGAGGCCGCGCUCCCGCGUUAUCCGCAGCGGCCGGGGGUCCGAGGAGUGCGGGGCUCCGAGAGCGAGCGGGACGCCCCCCAGCGGUCGGCGCGGGCCCCAUGGCCGGGCCGGGCGGAGCGGAACCGGUGAGGUGAAGCCCCGGGGCCGGCAGCCGGAGCGCGUGGCGGGGGCGCCGGCUCCAUGGGCAGCGGCAGACGGCGGCGCGAUGAUGGACGUUAAUAGCAGCGGCCGCCCGGACCUUUACGGGCACCUCCGCUCUUUCCUUCUGCCAGAGGUGGGGCGCGGGCUGCCCGACCUGAGCCCCGACGGUGGCGCUGACCCGGUUGCGGGCUCCUGGGCGCCGCACCUGCUGAGCGAGGUGACAGCCAGCCCCGCGCCCACCUGGGACGCGCCCCCGGACAAUGCCUCCAGCUGUGGGGAACAGAUCAACUACGGCAGAGCCGAGAAAGUUGUGAUCGGCUCCAUCCUGACGCUCAUCACGCUGCUGACGAUCGCGGGCAACUGCCUAGUGGUGAUCUCCGUGUGCUUCGUCAAGAAGCUCCGCCAGCCCUCCAACUACCUGAUCGUGUCCCUGGCGCUGGCCGACCUCUCGGUGGCCGUGGCGGUCAUGCCCUUCGUCAGCGUCACCGACCUCAUCGGGGGCAAGUGGAUCUUUGGCCACUUUUUCUGUAACGUCUUCAUCGCCAUGGACGUCAUGUGCUGCACGGCCUCGAUCAUGACCCUGUGCGUGAUCAGCAUUGACAGGUACCUUGGAAUCACAAGGCCCCUCACAUACCCUGUGAGGCAAAAUGGGAAAUGCAUGGCGAAGAUGAUUCUCUCCGUCUGGCUUCUCUCUGCCUCCAUCACUUUACCUCCGCUCUUUGGAUGGGCUCAGAAUGUAAAUGACGAUAAGGUGUGCUUGAUCAGCCAGGACUUUGGCUACACGAUUUACUCUACCGCAGUGGCAUUUUAUAUCCCUAUGUCCGUCAUGCUUUUCAUGUACUACCAGAUUUACAAGGCUGCCAGGAAGAGUGCUGCCAAACACAAAUUCCCUGGCUUCCCUCGAGUGGAGCCAGACAGCGUCAUCGCCCUGAAUGGCAUAGUGAAGCUCCAGAAGGAGGUGGAAGAGUGUGCAAACCUUUCGAGACUCCUCAAGCAUGAAAGGAAAAACAUCUCCAUCUUUAAGCGGGAACAGAAAGCAGCCACCACCCUGGGGAUCAUCGUCGGGGCCUUUACCGUGUGCUGGCUGCCAUUUUUCCUCCUCUCGACAGCCAGACCCUUCAUCUGUGGCACUUCCUGCAGCUGCAUCCCACUGUGGGUGGAGAGGACAUUUCUGUGGCUAGGCUAUGCAAACUCUCUCAUUAACCCUUUUAUAUAUGCCUUCUUCAACCGGGACCUGAGGACCACCUAUCGCAGCCUGCUUCAGUGCCAGUACCGGAAUAUCAACCGGAAGCUCUCGGCUGCAGGCAUGCAUGAAGCCCUGAAGCUUGCUGAGAGGCCAGAGAGAGCUGAGUUUGUGCUACAAAACGCUGACUACUGUAGAAAAAAAGGUCAUGAUUCAUGAUUGAAAGCAGAACAAUGGAGAUGAAAUAAACAAGGCAAAUUAGAGGUGGAAACAGAAGGAAGUCAUUUGCUGAGACUGCAGAAUGGAAUGCGACUUCUCUCCUUUCUUGGGAUGUCUAAAACGUGACAAACAGGGUGAUCUGUUGUACACGCUACCUUACAAGGGAGAUGGUGACUUCUCCUUUUUUCUGUGGAUCAGUGCUAUUGUGUGUUCUCAGUUUAAGAUAGCAGAUCAUCUCAGCAGUAAGCACACCGACAGAACUGAGUUCCACAAAGGAAGCAGUUUCUGGUGCUUUGCAUAUGUCCAAAUCCGUGCAAGUGGGAGAAAGUUCCAAUGCACACUUCCCGUGCUUCUGAGUCUAGGUGUUGUGGUGAAUAUGCAGGAAUCACUCCUGAGACAGAAUGUAUUUUGUUGUAUGACAGAAGGCUUUCCCAAGCAAACUGCAGUGAGUGUAGUGUUGAAUAUGUUGCAUGUCUAUGUUAGAAAACAGAAUCCAGUCAUCAGCUAAUACAAAUGAUUUCCCAGAGCAGUGUUUGUUUCAAGCUUCUGUCAAAUAGUUUGGCUUUUCUGCAGGGUCUCUGUGAUUUCUCCACCAAUGUACUUUCUUUGUUAACUCACUUAUUAUGGUAUAACUCAGGAACAGGUCUCAGGAUGGAGAGAAGCAUAUAACUUGAGCAAAGCUUUUUCUUGUGCUCUGAAGGGUCUUGAGAGGUGAGGGUGAUGCCUUCUGUGAGGAUUUUUAUCGCAGUGAAGCUCAAGUGGUACCCAACUGCAUUGUAAUUAACAUGAUUAUUGGCAUGUUUUUGACUCUCAUUUUCUACCAGGCUGCAGUGGGCCCACCCAUGGGCUGGCCCGUAACUGUAUGUUAUGUGGAAGAAGUGUGGGAAUGAUGGGUUUUCCAUGAAAUGUUGUGAUGCUUCUGGAGAUGGGGCAUAAACAUGUUCAUUCUUGUUGAGCUGCAUUGUAUUAAACCAAAUUGUGUGAAGCAAGGUCACCUGGACUACUCUUGGGAAAUGCUUCAGAACACCAGUCUGUUCCUUCUAGAGAAUUUGUUUUUGUGUUCUCUGUAUCCUAAAUCAAAUGUGUGCCUAAGCAAUUCUGUCCUCUGAUUUCCACCCCUACCCACCAAAAAAUGGUAGAUAUGAAGGGCAGGUAAGGAAACAGAAAAGGUCUCUUUGCGGAUAUAUAUUUUUUAAAUGGCACUAUGUAGCAAUUAAGAGCUAAGGAGACAGAACGACAGCAGAUGAGAAUAGAAGAGUACCUGUACCUACAAGGGGAAAAAUGAAUGCAAUUCUUUAUUUGAUAAGAGAGAACUGAAAGAUAAUAUUAUUUUCCUAUAAUAAAGCAAGCUGUCCUGUCACAGGAUAAAGUGGAAUUCCAACAUGGAUUAUGGACUUCUUCUAAUUCCCAUUGACAUUGCUUCUUACCAGACAUGGGGAAGAGCUGCCUUUCCUGAAAGGGGAGGAGAGCACUGUCCUUUCAGACAAAGCUUGUAUAAAUUCCUGAACUGCAAAUUUGCUAAAGUGACCGUAUAUAUUAUAUUCAUAAUUUAAAUGAUUAUUUAUGGUCAGAUACAUAUUGUUAAACUUGAAAAUGUUUUAUUACAUUACA